CCCACGAUGUCUGUCCCCGACGACGAUUUCGAUCCCGAGUACGAUACUGUCGAGGAAGAUUUUCACGUCACUCCUCUUAUUUCGCUGCCUGCACUAUCGCCCACGCCGGCCGUGUACCCUGGAUGUUGUGUUGCGCUGAGUCCUCUUCUGCUUUCCAACCUGAGUACCAUUCUGCCCUCAUCUUCAAGCUUGAUCCUGUCUAUAGGCAGUGGUACUGGAUUUCUGGAAGCUCUCCUCCGCUCCGAGCCACAUGAUAUCAAUAUCAUCGGUGUCGAAGUGCACCCCAGUAUCAAUCGGUACCUUCAAACAAACCACCACCGGGUUGUGGCGGGCAGCUACUCCCUUGAGCCCCUUGCCAUCGAAGCAGAAACAUGGUUGUUCAUCUACCCGAGACGCGUAGGGCUUGUUCAGUCUUAUAUAUCUACGUAUGGCCAAGGUGUCAUAAAUCAGAUAGUGUGGAUUGGCCCAACGGCUGAUUGGGAAGACUACAAACAAUGCUUUGAAGUGCAUUGGGACUUGAAAGUUCAAAGCGCAGGUGAGCUAGGUGGAAGAGGCUGGGAGCUUGUUGCAGUUGCCUCCAAGAAGCCGGCUUAA